UACCGGAGAAACGCAAAAGUGCAGUCGUUCCCUCUCUCAAAAUCGUCUUCUCCGGCACACUUCAGCUCGGGAGCACGAGAUAAGGGAAAGAAGAACCAGAGCAAGAAGUUACUUCAUCUCGCUUCGUCUCUCCAUAGCCUGGGAAUCGAUGGAGCUUGACCCCGACGAUGUGUUUCGCGACGAAGAAGACGACGAAUUCUAUGAGGAGAGAGAUGCCACGAAGGAACUGUUGGUAUACAUUGUGGAUGCUUCCCCUAAAAUGUUUUCCACCACUUCUCCAGCGGAACAUGAAGAAGAGGUGUCUCAUUUUGAAGUUGCUAUUAACUGCAUUGCACAGUGUCUGAGAACUCAAAUUGUCAAUAGGUCGUAUGAUGAAGUUGCAAUAUGCUUCUACAACACCAGGGAAAAGAAGAACUUGCAAGACUUGAAUUGUGUCUAUGUAUUCAAUGUCCAGGAGCGAGAUGAUUUGGACAGGCCAACAGCAAAACUUAUCAGAGAAUUUGAUCUCAUAAAAGAAAGAUUUAAUAAACAAAUUGGGAGUAAAUAUGGCAUUGAACCUGGAUCCCGCGACAAUUCACUGUACAAUGCUAUUUGGGCUGCUCAGGCUCUUCUCCGCAAAGGGAAAUGGCUCUUAUACCAUUUCAGAUCUGCAAAAACUGCUGACAAAAGAAUUCUCAUAUUUACAAAUGAAGAUGACCCUUUUGGUUGUAUAAAGGGAGCAACUAAAAUUGAUAUGAUGAGAACAACCCUGCAGCGAGCCAAGGAUGCUCGUGAUCUUGGCAUAUCAAUUGAACUUCUUCCUUUAAGUAAACCAGAUGAGGAGUUUAAUGUUUCUGUUUUCUAUGCUGAGUUGCUUGGUUUGGAGGGUGAUGAGAUUGCUCAGUUUAAGUCAUUGGUAGGGGAAAGACUUGAAGAUCUGAGGGGCCAAUUAAGAAAGCGUAUAUUCAAGAAGCGCAAAGUUCGAAGAAUUAAGUUUAUAAUUGCAAGUGGCUUAUCUAUAGAACUUAAUACAUAUGCUUUAAUUCGUCCAACCAACACAGGGACUAUAGCUUGGCUUGAUUCUGUCACUAACCUUCCCCUGAAGACUGAGAAAUUCUUGAUCUGUGGGGAUACUGGUACACUGAUACAAGAGCAACCGAAGCGUUUUCAAUUGUACAAAAAUGAUACUAUCAUGUUCUCCGCCGAUGAACUUUCAGAACUAAAGAGAGUGUCUGCUGUACACCUUCAUCUACUGGGUUUCAAACCAUUGAGUUGUCUGAAGGACUAUCACAAUUUGAGGCCAUCAACAUUUGUCUUCCCCAGUGAUGAGGAAGCAAUUGGAAGUACUCGCAUUUUCAUUGCUUUGCAUAAAUCAAUGACGCAGCUCAAGCGUUUUGCACUUGCUUUUUAUGGGAAUUCAUCUCAGUCUCGGUUGGUUGCACUCAUUGCUCAGGAUGAGAUAACAACUUCUCGUGGUCAGAUCGAGCCACCAGGGAUGCAUAUGAUUUUUCUUCCUUAUUCAGAUGAUAUCAGACACAUUGAAGAGCUUCAUGCAGAUUCAGAGUCAUUGCCUCAUGCAACCGAUGAACAAAUUAAAGCGGCUUCAGCUUUAUUGAAGCGUAUUGACUUAAAAGACUUCUCUGUCUGCCAGUUUUCAAAUCCUGCAUUGCAGAGACACUAUGCAAUAUUACAGGCUCUUGCAUUGGAAGAAGACGAGAUGCCUGAUAUGAACGACGAAACUCUUCCCGAUGAAGAAGGCAUGUCAAGGGCUGGUGUCGUUAAAGCACUAGAGGAGUUCAAGGUGUGUGUAUAUGGAGAGAACUACGAUGAGGAGAUUGAGCUGGCUUCCAAAGCCAAGACUGCCGCCACAAGCGAAGCCUCCAAGAAACGUAAAGCCAUUGCAGAAAAUGCGGUCAAGGAGUACGCAAAGCAUGACUGGUCGGACCUUGCAGACAAUGGACAGUUAAAAGACUUGGCUGUUCAAGAGCUGAAGUACUACCUGGUGGCCCAUGGCCUUCCGGUGGGCGGGAAGAAGGAAGUGUUGAUCAGUAGAAUAUUGAAUCAUAUGGGCAAAUGAGUGGCUGCUGGUUCUGGUUGUGGGAGGGCUCUGGUAUUUGUUUUUGAGUUCAUUUAUUAUAAUUAAAGCAAUAUAAUUCGAACAAUUUGCUUUACAUAAUUUACCAUAUGUGGAUUUUGGAUAUUCAAGUUAAGCGGCGCUACAUCGUCAUUUCAAUACGACUAAUUGAAGCCGUGUGUUUCAUGACCAAUUUCUGUCAGGUCGAGUCUUCAAAUUCGUGAUAAUUUCAACUUUACUGGGGUUUCAAAAAUAGUCUUCGAAAGCAUGGCACCCUUUCGAAAAAAAUGACUUAACAAAUAUAGAUUUUCUUCAGUC